UAUUCCUUAUUUUUCUUGUUUCUUUAAUUAUUUCCCAAUUCCCCAUUUCAUUUCUAUAACAACGGACCUCUGUUUCUCUUCAUAUAAGACCUCUUUUUCAAUUCUACUUUAAUCAAACUCCAAAAUCAAACCUCAUCUACUACUAUCCAUCACCAUAGUCAAGAACAAGAAGAAACUAUGGAAAGUAAUUACUCGGAGAAAAUGAAGAAAUUUCAAGAUUAUAUGGAUGCUCUCGAAGAAGAACGUAAUAAGAUGCAGGUUUUUCAUCGUGAAUUACCUCUCUCGUUAGACCUCAUCAAUCAAGCGAUUUGUAAUUGCAGGCAACAGCUAGAAAGCAGUACAACUGGCACUAGUAUGGAUUCUGAAGAACAGACAACAUCAAGUGAUGGAGGCAGUCCAAUUCUAGAGGAAUUUAUACCUUUGAAUAGUAGUAUUUGUUCAUCACAUUUUGAAAAAUUGUUACAAAAAUCAUCACCUCCAGAGAUUGAAGUUUCAAAGAAUAAAUUAGAUUGGUUGAAAUCUGUUCAAUUAUGGAACCAAAAUCCUGAUCCAGUUCUUAAAGAGGAUUCUUCGCUGAGAAAAGCAACACUACCAGCUCUUGAAUCAAAGGAAAGUAGUGAUCAACGUGCAUCUCUUGCUUUUCCUAGACAUAAAACUAAUCAAACAGUUGUUGCAACGCCAACAUCAACCCCAGGCUCAAGGACAACUAGUUCAACAACAGAAACUAUUAAUGAUAGUGAUGCUAAUUAUAAUAAAAAUCCAAAAAGAAGUAAAGAAGAUGAAGAAGAAGAUCAUGAAAACGAAAGAGAAAGACCACAAGGACAAUCUUCUUCUUCUUCACUUAGAAAAACAAGAAGAUAUUGGUCUCCUGAACUUCAUAGAAGAUUUUUAAGUGCUCUUCAGCAACUUGGUGGUUCUCAAGUUGCUACUCCAAAACAAAUCAGAGAAUUAAUGAAAGUUGAUGGACUUACUAAUGAUGAAGUUAAAAGCCAUUUACAGAAAUACAGACUACAUACAAGGAGACCAAGUCCAGUGCACAACAGUGUCAAUUCUCAACCACCACAAUUUGUAGUAGUAGGUGGUAUCUGGGUGCCACCGCCCAAGUCACUUGCUGGUGAAUCGACAGCCCAAGUCACUAGUAACAAUAGAAUAUACGCUCCAAUAGCUGCAAUUCCACACCAGCUGGGAUCAUCUUCUUUCCUUCCCCAACCGAAUCAUAAGAAUUUACACUUUCAAAUGAAUCGGUUGCGUUCGGACGGUAGAAAUAGUAGAGAGCAGGAACACACUAUUGGAUAUAAAAAUGAUCAUGAUGACAAUGUCCAUCUAAUCUCACCUUCAAUUUCAUCAUCUACUACUUGUACUUCGACGCCAUCGUUACCUUUAUAAAAAUUUAGCAAUGCGAGACUUUUUUCUAAGAAUACAAAUGUGAGACGAAAUAAAACAGUCGAAAUUUUUCUUAGCAAGAUUCUACAUAUAGUUGUUGUUUUUUACUGUAGAUGCGAAUAGAAAGAAGAUACCACUUGUUAUGAA